AUGGAAGAGACCCUAGCUCCUGAGCGCUUUAGGCUGGAUGGGCAGACAGAUGCAGUCGAGAUAGUGAAUGGUGUCUUGGGCCAACUGGAGAGGAGAGGUGGUGUGUGUGAAGUCUGCAGCUGGCAGCGUGGGUGCUGCUGGAAUCCUGUGGAGGAUACCAAUGUCCCCAAGUGCUUCUUUCCCAAGAACUGGGGCUAUGAAGUCAGCAAUGACCGCUGGAACAAAAGCCUAGUGUUUUCUGCCCAGUUGAAAAGGCUGCCAUCGCCCACUCUGUUUGGAAAUGAUGUCAGCGACGCCCUCUUCACAGCUGAAUAUCAGACAUCCAAUCGUUUACAUUUUAAGAUCACUGAUUUCAAUAACAGACGAUAUGAAGUCCACCAUGAAAGCAUUAGUUCGCUGACUCAGAAUGAUAGUAUCUCCAAUACCAGCUAUCAAGUGGAGGUCAUUAAAAACCCCUUCAGCAUCAAAAUAAUGAGGACGAGCAACCGAAAAGUCUUGUUGGACACGGGCAUUGGGCCCCUCCAGUUUGCCCAGCAGUACCUGCAGCUGUCUUUCCGCCUGCCCAGCACCAACCUGUACGGGCUGGGGGAACACGUGCACCAGCAGUACCGCCAUGACAUGAACUGGAAGACCUGGCCCAUCUUCACUCGGGACACCUCUCCCACCGAGGAUGGCGUUAAUCUCUAUGGGGCUCAUACAUUCUUCUUGUGCCUUGAAGAUGCCAGUGGCACCUCGUUCGGGGUUUUCCUAAUGAACAGUAACGCCAUGGAGGUCACCCUUCAGCCUGCUCCGGCAAUCACCUACCGCACAAUUGGGGGCGUUCUUGACUUUUACGUGUUCCUGGGAAGCACUCCAGAACAGGUUGUUCAGGAAUACCUGGAGCUUGUUGGCAAACCGUUCUUGCCUUCCUACUGGAGUUUGGGGUUCCAGCUUAGUCGCAGGAAUUAUGGUGGCAUCGAAGGAUUGAAAAAAGUUGUGAGCCGAAACCGUGCAGCUGGGAUUCCGUAUGAUGUGCAGUACUCUGACAUAGACUACAUGGAUGGAUACAAGGAUUUCACUUAUGACAAUAGGACUUUCUAUGGUCUCCCAGAGUUUGCCAAGGAGUUACACAGCAAUGGACAGAAAUAUGUCAUUGUUAUGAAUCCUGGCAUCGCCAACCACUCUGGCUACAAGCCCUAUGAUGAUGGAAAAACAAAGAGGAUAUGGGUCUACCAGAAUGAUGUGUUUGCUGUUGGGAAGGGCUAUCCCGGGUGGACAAUCUUUCCUGAUUUCAGUAAUCCAGUGACCUCUCCCUGGUGGACAGAGCAGUUCGAGGAAUUCUAUAAAACUCUGGAGUUUGAUGGAGUGUGGAUUGAGAUGGAUGAAGUAUCUAACCUUCUCCAAGGUUCUGAUGUUGGGUGUGAAUCAAACAGCUUGAACAAUCCUCCUUUCACUCCUAGAGUUCUGGACCGUGUGCUUUUUGAGAAAACCCUUUGCAUGGACACAGAGUUUUAUGGUGGCCUUCACUAUGACGUCCACAGCGUGUAUGGCUAUUCCAUGGCACAAGCCACAGACUCGGCCAUGGAGGCUGUCUUCCCCAAUAAAAGGAGCCUCAUCUUAUCCCGUUCUACUUUUGCUGGGUCUGGCAAGUUUGCUGGUCACUGGUUGGGGGACAACACGGCCUCGUGGAAUGACCUCCGGUGGUCCAUUUCCAGUAUCCUUGAGUUCAACCUAUUUGGCAUCCCCAUGGUAGGUGCCAAUAUCUGUGGUUAUGAAGAAGAUACCACAGAGAGCCUCUGCAGAAGAUGGAUGCAGCUUGGAGCAUUUUAUCCACUCUCCAGGAAUCACAAUGGGCCUGGCUUCGUGGACCAGGACCCCGCCGCCUUUGGAGCCGACUCCCUGCUGGUCAACUCCUCCAGGCACUAUCUGAACAUCCGUUACACUUUGCUGCCCUACCUGUACACCCUCUUCUACCUCGCCCACACCCGUGGGGACACCGUGGCCCGGCCCCUGCUGCAUGAGUUCUACCAGGACCCAGCCACCUGGGACGUGCACGAGCAGUUCCUAUGGGGGCCUGCACUCCUCAUCACGCCUGUUUUACAUGCCGAUGUGGACCAAGUGAAUGCCUACAUCCCGGAUGCCAUCUGGUAUGACUAUGAGACAGGAGUGGCCAUCCAAUGGAGGAAACAACAGGUGCAGAUGCAGUUCCCUGAAGACAGAAUAGGACUUCACCUUCGAGGAGGCUACAUACUCCCCACCCAGAAGCCAAACACAACCACAGAGGCCAGCCGGAAGAAUUCCCUGGGACUCAUCAUUGCCUUGGAUCAUAGGAGAGAAGCUAAGGGGGAGCUUUACUGGGAUGAUGGCAUAUCCAAAGACGCUGUGACCAAAGAGAACUACCUCCUGUACGACUUUUCUGUGGCCUCUGUGGUGACCAUCACUGACCUCCAGGGGCUGAGACUGGGACACGAGUUCUCCAUUGAGUGGACGCUUCCUGUCAAUGACACGGAGAAGUUCAACUGCUACCCUGAUGAUCCCUCUGCUUCAGAGGAGAGCUGCAGGCAGCGGGGGUGCCUGUGGGAGCCUACAGCUGCCGCUGGAGUGCCCCCCUGUUACUACGACACCAUCCCUAGCUAUGCUGCCAGUAACAUCCAAUAUCUGCCUACUGGCAUCACCGCAGACCUCACCCUCCUGCCGGAUGCCCUGAAUCCCUCUCCAACAGUGUAUCUGAACCGAUCACCCUCGGCCCGCGCAGCUGAUCAUCUCUCUGCCAGGAUCAACAGCCUCCAACUGAGUGUGGUGUACCACACAGAGAGCAUGCUACAGUUCAAGAUCUACAGUUCCACCAACAGAAGGUACGAGGUCCCGGUGCCCCUCAACAUCCCAGCCAUGCCAGUGGGCUCCCCUGAGCAGCGUCUCUAUGAUGUCAGUAUCCAGACCAAUCCUUUUGGGAUCCAGAUUCGACGGAGAAGCUCCAACACGGUGAUCUGGGACUCUCAGCUUCCUGGCUUCACCUUCAACGACAUGUUCCUCUCCAUCUCGACUCGCCUGCCCUCCGAGUACAUCUACGGCUUUGGGGAAACUGAGCAUGAAAGCUUCAAAAGAAACACGGGCUGGAACACAUGGGGAAUGUUUGCUCGAGAUGAGUCCCCAGGGUACAAGAGGAACUCCUAUGGCGUGCACCCCUACUACAUGGCGCUGGAGGGCAACGGCAGCGCCCAUGGAGUGCUCCUGCUCAACAGCAAUGCCAUGGAUGUGACCAUCCAGCCCACCCCUGCCCUGACAUACCGCACCACAGGAGGGAUUUUGGACUUUUAUAUGGUUUUGGGACCAACCCCUGAACUUGUAACUCAGCAGUACACCGAGCUGAUUGGCCGGCCAGUGAUGACUCCAUACUGGGCCUUGGGAUUCCAGCUGAGUCGCUAUGGAUACCACAAUGAUACGGAGAUCUCCAAUUUGUAUGAUGCGAUGGUGGCAGCCCAGAUCCCCUACGAUGUGCAGCAGGUGGACAUGGACUACAUGGAGCGGAAGCUGGACUUCACUCUCAGCCCCAGGUUCAAAGACCUCGCCCACCUGGUUGAUCGAAUGAAGAAAAAUGGCAUGAGGUUUAUUCCCAUUCUGGACCCAGCCAUUUCUGGCAAUGAGACCGGGUAUCUCCCCUUCACCAGGGGGCAGGCAGACAACGUGUUCAUCAAAUGGCCAGACAGCAGUGACAUUGUCUGGGGGAAGGCUUGGCCGGAUCUGCCCAAUGUUAAUGUGGAUGAAUCCCUCGACCAUGAGACUCAGGUGAAGCUGUACAGGGCCCACGUGGCAUUUCCUGACUUCCUACGCAACAGCACAGUUGCAUGGUGGAAGAAAGAAAUACAAGAGCUCUAUGAAAACCCUCGAGAGCCAGAGAAGAGCUUGAAGUUUGAUGGGCUGUGGCUUGAUAUGAACGAGCCAUCAAACUUUGUGGAUGGAUCCGUCAGCGGCUGCCAGGAUAGCAUUCUGAAUAACCCGCCCUACAUGCCAUCUCUGGAGUCCAGGGACAGCGGCCUGAGCAGCAAGACGCUGUGCAUGCAGAGCCAGCAGGUGCUGGCGGACGGCUCCCUGGUGCGGCACUACGACGUGCACAGCCUGUACGGCUGGGCCCAGACCAGGCCCACCUACGAAGCUGUGCAGCAGGUGACAGGGCAACGAGGUGUUGUCAUCACCCGCUCCACCUUCCCCUCCUCUGGCCGCUGGGCAGGACACUGGCUGGGAGGCAACACGGCCUCCUGGGACCAGCUGAGGAAAUCCAUCAUCGGCAUGAUGGAGUUCAGCCUCUUUGGAAUGUCCUAUACAGGAGCAGACAUAUGUGGCUUCUUUGGAAACGCGGAAUACGAGAUGUGCGUCCGCUGGAUGCAGCUGGGGGCUUUCUACCCUUUCUCCAGGAACCACAACACCAUCGGGACCAGGAGACAAGAUCCUGUGUCCUGGGAUGCUGCCUUUGAGAACUACUCCAGGAGCGUCCUGCAGACCAGAUACACCCUGCUGCCAUACCUCUACACCCUGAUGCACAAGGCCCAUGUCGAGGGCAGCACUGUCGUCCGGCCCCUUCUCCAUGAGUUUGCAGAUGACACUAAGACCUGGGAGAUCGACUGUCAGUUCAUGCUGGGUCCCGCCAUCCUGAUCAGCCCUGUGCUGGAAAAUGGUACUUCUGCGAUCUCCGCUUACUUCCCCAGAGCCCGCUGGUAUGACUACAGCACGGAAUCAGGUGAGGAGUCGGCAGGUGAGCAGAAGAUCCUGGCCGCUCCCCUUGACCACAUCAACCUUCACGUCAGAGGAGGCUACAUCCUGCCCUGGCAAGAGCCUGCUAUGAACACUCACUACAGUCGACAAAAUUUUAUGGGAUUGACUGUUGCCUUGGACAGUGACUGGAAAGCUCAUGGCCAGCUGUUCUGGGAUGAUGGACAAAGCAUUGAUACCUAUGAAAAAGGAAACUAUUUCUUGGCAAACUUUACAGCAGCUCAGGAUACCUUGCAGAUCCAGACCAUACACAAUAACUAUCUGAAUGACUCGAAUCCACUGAAGGUUGGCUAUAUUAGGAUCUGGGGGAUGAAAUCUGCUUAUGUGACAGAAGUCAGGGUCAACCAUGACAACAAGCAAUUUGUGGAGACAAACUUCAGGAGUAACCCUGACAAUCAGUACCUUCUAGUUCUCUACUUCAAAACAGUUGUCCUGGACUAUUGGGUCCACAAACACCAUUUUCAAGUGAUUGCUUGUACUUGA